GGAGAGAGAGAGGAGAGAGAGAGAGGGGAAAAAAAGAGAGGGAGAGGGAGGCGAGCAGGCAGGAAGAGCGAGCGGGCGCUGUGAGGAGCCGCAAAAAGACCAGGCCGCCGGGCCUGAGGAGAGAGAGCGAGAGGGAGGCACCAUUUAUAUAUAUAUCUAUAUCUUAUAACUCUCAUCUAUCUAUAUACAGAAGGCACUAUUUUUUAUUUUUUUAAAAAACAUAUAUAUAUAUAUAACCUUCCGUAUUCCCGGCUGCCGCCGCCGCUUCCAAAGCCAUGGAAGCCAAUUGGACCGCGUUCCUCUUUCAGGCACACGAAGCAUCACAUCACCAACAGCAGGCAGCACAGAACAGUUUGCUGCCACUCCUGAGCUCUGCUGUUGAGCCCCCCGACCAGAAACCAAUUUUACCAUUACCAAUAACACAGAAACCUCAGCCCCCACCGGAAACGCUAAAAGAUACCAUAGUCGGGAUUAAAAAGGAGAAACCGAAAACCUCCUUUGUGUGCACAUACUGCAGCAAGGCCUUCAGGGACAGCUACCAUUUGAGGCGCCAUGAAUCCUGCCACACAGGGAUAAAGUUAGUGUCACGGCCAAAGAAAGCUCCUGCAACGAUGGUGCCCCUAAUCUCGACCAUCGCAGGUGACAACAACCGGUCAACGCUGGUUUCGACCAUCGCAGGUAUCCUCUCAACUGUCACUACGUCUUCCUCCGCCACCAACCCAAGCAGCAGUGCUGGUGCCACGGCCAUGCCGGUAACGCAGACGGCGAAGAAGCCCAGUAAGCCUGUCAAAAAGAACCACGCCUGUGAGAUGUGUGGCAAGGCCUUCCGUGAUGUCUACCACCUCAACAGGCACAAGCUGUCCCACUCAGAUGAGAAGCCUUUUGAGUGCCCAAUUUGCAAUCAGCGUUUCAAAAGGAAGGACCGCAUGACCUAUCACGUGAGGUCUCAUGAGGGUGGCAUCACCAAACCCUACACCUGUGGUGUUUGUGGAAAAGGCUUUUCGAGGUACCAUGUAGAAAAUCCCAGGCCUGAUCACUUAAGUUGUCAUGUUAAACACGUUCAUUCCACAGAGAGGCCCUUCAAAUGCCAAACUUGCACGGCUGCCUUUGCCACCAAAGACAGGCUGCGGACACACAUGGUGCGCCAUGAAGGAAAGGUGUCAUGUAACAUCUGUGGUAAACUUCUGAGCGCAGCGUAUAUUACCAGCCACUUAAAGACUCAUGGGCAAAGCCAAAGUAUCAACUGUAAUACCUGUAAACAAGGCAUCAAUAAAAAAUUUGGGUUUUUCAAGCAAGAAAAUCUGCACCUCCCUGCUUCAUGCAUGAACGAAGAGAGUAACAACCAGAAGCAGCAGCAACAGCAGCAGCAGCAGCAACAGCAGCAGCCACAACAGCAUGUCACUAACUGGCCUGGAAAACAGGUAGAGACCCUGAGAUUAUGGGAAGAAGCUGUUAAAGCAAGGAAGAAAGAAAGUCAACAGACACUGAGGCCAACUUCAGUCAAGCAAGAAUGUCAGUACAACUUUGAGAAGGCUAUAGAGUACGUACCAUUCGAAGCUGCUAACCUGUGCCAAACGUCCACUGCUGCCACUACGCCUGUGACUCUUUCUACUCCCUUCAAUAUAACUUCCUCAGUGGCAUCUGGGACCAUCACCAACCCAGUCACAGUGGCUGCUGCAAUGAACAUGAGAAGCCCAGUCAAUGUAUCAAGCGCAGUUAACAUCUCCAGCCCGAUGAGCCUAGGCCACCCUGUCACCAUUACCAGUCCGUUGUCUAUGACCUCUCCGUUAACACUCACCACACCUGUUAAUUUACCAACUUCAGUAACUGCUCCAGUGAACAUAGCACAUCCGGUCACUAUAACCUCACCCAUGAACCUCCCGACGCCAAUGACAUUAGCUGGUCCAUUAAAUAUAGCAAUGAGGCCAGUGGAGAGCAUGCCUUUCCUUCCCCAGGCAUUGCCAACCUCUCCUCCAUGGUAAAAACAAGCAAACAAAAACUCACAGCAGUAUUAAAAAGAGGAAUGAAAAGCAAGUCCUUACCAGCAAUUAUAUUUUUGUUUCGUUUGUUUUUGUUUCGUUUUAGUUAACAGUGGUAAUGAAACCAGGCUAAUUCAGCUGGGGCAAAAAUAAUAAUAAUAAUCAUGCACAGUUUUUAAAAAUGGAAAACUAUUAUAGUGUCUCUGUUUAGUUAGCUGGCUGUUGAUCUAUAUUACUGGACCACAUUUGUUUCCUUCAAGCUGGCAGUGAUGUUGGAAGAGGAACAGAUCGGAGUUGAAUCCACUCAUUUUUUAAAAAAAUAAAUAAAUCAGCAUUGCUGAUAGCCCUGGAAAUUGCGAAUGAAGAAACAGUUUUAAUCUAAUGAAGAAACGGUUUUAACCUGAACACUAGAAGGCUUAAGAAAGGCCCUCCAUAUUAUCAUAGGAUGGAGAUGGAUCACUUGCCAGCUCUGUGUCCCUCUGAUUCAGAACGUAGUGUUUGUAGUGUUGUUUUUUUAAGUAAAUGCAUUACAUGGUCCUUUUUUUGUUUUGUUUAAGAAAAUGCAUUUUGAGUAAUUAUGCAUUUUACCUUUUGGGAAUAUGAUAAUUUCAGGCCGAAUUCCCUAUGGGAAAAGUGAUACCAGCUCUGAUAUGCAAAGCAUAUGGUAACUUAUCAUUCUACCUGCAACAUAUACAUAACUAGGGAUUGUGACCUGAUAUUUGGAGAUGUAAAUACUACGAGACAUAUUACCCUAAGGGAAUAUAACAUCAUAUUCAACAUUAAAAAGGAGAAAAAAAACUGUUCAAUGUUUGGCAAGGAACAGCUGUGGCUGGUGGAAGAGGAUUUGAAACCUACACAAGCAUGGUCUCUGCUCAAAACCCAGUUGGGACUCUUUCGGAAGAGCAAAUAAUGGGCUUUGGAACACAGAAAAACAAUGCUUUAAGCUAGAAGACUGUGGAGAUGCUGGGGUAUGAUGUAUGUAUGCCCCCCAUUCUCCCAAUCAGAACCUGCUGACUGUUGACAAAGGAGAGCAGGUGUUGUUCACUAGAAGUUUUUUGUCUUAUAUUAUAAAAUGAUAUACAGUUUUUAUUCUAACCACUAACUAGUUAGGAUGCCCCUUCAGGACAAGCCAAGUGUGCAUCUUAUUGUUUUGUGUUCUUUUCUUUUUUUAAAGCCCCUUUCUUCCCUUCUCCUUAAUCAAGUGUUGUGCAGAUCUCUUCAACUUUGUAAAUAUUUGCAGGAGAAACCCCCCCCAAAUCAUUUUUACUUUUAGUUAAUUGUGUUAACCCAUAGUUAUCAAUUUGUGGGGGGUUUCCCAGUAACUAUCUGACCUAUCCAGUGAAGGAGAAAUGCCCCUUUCCCCCACCCGAUGGUCUCAUUUUUUUAAAAAAAAAAUACAGCUACACAUUUUUUUCAACUUUUUUAAUCUGUACUUAAAAAGUAGGAUGGAAAAUCUAGGGAAGAGGUUACUUUUUUAGGCUAUCAUGUCACAAACAUUUUUUAAUCUUCAUUAAGACCUGUCCUAUAAACAAGAUGACGUGAGAAAUAAUUGGAGCAGCAGCCAGGUGGCUAUUGAUUGGAACCAGGGGCCUCACGACAAAGUGGCUAUUAAUACUUUGAUUUUAAUAGGAUGCAGGCAAGCCUGUGAGGGUCAAGCCCACUGGUGUGGUUUUUUUGUGUUAAUACCCAUCGUGUCGGUGUAAAAGCAACAUAUUCCGUACUUUUGAGGCAUACGUCUGGGGUCAGGAGACGGAUGCCCAGUAUGUGAAAACAAUUCUAGGGGCUUGGACUACAUAGUAAAAAAAAGGGGGGGAAUAAUAGAACUUAGUGUAAAAUAAUUUUAUAAAUGAUCUUUUGUACCUUAGGACAUCAAAUUGUACAACUUUUGUAUAUAUAAAAGCUUAGGAACUUCCUGUGUAGCAGAAAGAGAACACAUUCCUACACUUUUAAUGUAUAUGUUUGUUAUAAUGUCAUGUAAACAUAUGCCCCAUGUUUGUGCCUUUUAAUUAGUUUGUCUCAAUAAACAGAAAUGUAGAGA